AUGAACAACCUCCACGACCUUCCCCCGUCAGAUGUUACCGACGAUGCUCUAACAUUAGGUGUUACAGAACUUCCUUCAGUUCCUCCUUGUCCUAAUGCCACCACCGGUUUAAAGCGCAAGCGCGUGGUGCUCUCCAUCCACGACAAACAGCAGGUUCUACAACGACUCGAUGAUGGCGAGCAGCCUGUAGCCAUCGCUCGCAUUUUUGGCAUCAGCCGUCAACAGGUGUCGGAUAUACGAAAAAAUCGUGAUCGAAUCGUAGCUUUUUGUAUCGAUGCCAAGCACAUGUCAACACUUAAACGCAAGACACUGAAGACCACAUCCGAAUACCAUCCAGGGGUGGAGCAGGAGUUGUAUCGGUGGCUCAUCCGACAGCGAAAACUUGGUCGUAACGUCUCAGCGGAGUCUCUUACUACCAAAACGACGGAUCUUUUUGCGCAGUAUUCACCCGACGACUCACACGUUUCACUCAAAGCUGCAAAGAAUUGGCUCAAGCAGUUUAAGAAAGCACACGGCAUAAAAUUUCUGACGGAAGAGGAAUUGCGGCAGCUACCAGAGAAGUUUGCUCCAACGAUGGACAUGAUACGACCUGGAGAUAUGGUUGCUACGUAUUCGCAGACCUCGAAGCCCGAAGCAACGAUUUCAACGACCAGUGCAGACGCGGGACAUUAUUCAGACUCAAUGCAUGCUGUAAUCAGUCCCAUGAACGCGGCAGUACCGGUUUCUUCGGUCCCGUUCUCUAUCAACAUGAACUCAUGCAUGCAUGCUGCUGCACAUGGAAAAUUGCAGGUUGCAAGUGUUCCAAUCGCCCCGUUACAGGCAACUAUCAAUACGGUGCGGCAAUUGAAUGCCCAGCUCACAAAGUUUGAGCGCGAUAUGAUGAUUAAGCUGGAUUAUCUAGAUGAACGUGUCCUAAAAUUAUGCUACCUGGUGCUCCCAACACGAUUGGCAGUCGACUGA